UACGGGGCACCUGUUGGCAGAGACCCUUCCUGGGGACACCUCCCAGCCAGAAGAAGAUCACCUGAAGCCUCCAUCAUGCAGCUGAAACAUAUGAGAAGUCUGCUGACCCCUCAGGAAGGGGCUGCGAAAGUCACCUGCAUGACCUGGUCUCAGAACAACGCCAAAUUUGCCGUGUGCACCGUGGACCGCGUGGUCCUUUUAUACGAUGAACACGGGGAGAGGCGGGACAAGUUCUCCACCAAACCGGCAGACGCCAAGUACGGAAAGAAGAGCUACGCGGUGAAAGGGCUGGCGUUCUCCCCGGACUCCUCGAAGAUCGCGGUCGGACAGACGGACAACAUCAUCUACGUCUACAGGAUCGGCGACGAUUGGGGUGAUAAGAAGGUGAUCUGCAACAAGUUUAUCCAGACGAGCGCCGUGACGUGUCUGCUGUGGCCUGCAGAGAAUGCCAUCGUGUUUGGCCUGGCGGAGGGGAAGGUUCGUUUGGCAAAUACCAAAACCAACAAGUCGUCCACCAUCUACAACACGGACUCGUACGUCGUCUCGCUGACCUCCAACGUCUCUGGGAAGGGAAUCCUCUCCGGUCACGCCGACGGCACCAUCGUUAGAUAUUUCUUCGAUGACGAAGGCUCUGGGGAAUCCCAGGGUAAGUUAGUCACACACCCGUGCCCCCCGUACGCCCUGGCGUGGGCUGCCGGCGGUAUUGUUGCCGGGGGCUGUGAUAAGAAGCUGGUGGCGUACGGCAGGGAGGGGCUCGUCGUCCAGACGUUCGACUUCAGCCGGGACCCCAGUGAGAAGGAGCUGUCCACGGCGGCCACCAGUCCCAGCGGGCAGUCUGUGGUGAUUGGCAGCUAUGACCGGCUGCGGGUCCUGAACUGGAGUUCACGGAAAUCUGCGUGGGAGGAAUCCCGGCCCAAAGACAUCCCCAACCUGUACAUGAUCACAGCGUUGGCAUGGAAACGCGACGGCUCCCGGCUGUGUGCGGGCACGCUCUGCGGAGGGGUGGAGCUGUUUGAUUGCUGUCUGCGCAGGAUGAUAUAUAAGAAUAAGUUUGAGAUGACGUACGUCGGGCCGAGUCAGGUCAUUGUGAAGAACCUGUCCACCGGGACACGCGUGGUGCUGAAGUCCCACUACGGGUACGAAGUGGACGAAGUGAAGAUUAUGGGCAAGGAGCGCUUCCUGGUGGCUCACACCUCGGACACGCUCUUACUGGGAGACCUGAGGACCAACCGGCUGAGCGAGGUGGCCUGGCAGGGAUCCGGAGGGAACGAGAAAUUCUUCUUCGAGAACGAGAAUGUGUGCAUGAUCUUCAACGCGGGGGAGCUGACGCUCGUGGAGUACGGAAGCAACGAGAUUCUGGGCACGGUGCGCACCGAAUUUAUGAACCCGCAUCUAAUCAGCGUCCGACUCAACGAGAGGAGGGAUGCAGACGGCAAGAAGCUGGCCUACCUCGUGGACAGGAAGACCAUCGCUAUAGUGGAUCUCGUGGCCGGUUACAAUGUGGGGACGGUUGUCCAUGACGCCAAGAUUGACUGGAUCGAAAUGAAUGAAACCGGCCAUAAAAUGCUGUUUAGAGACAAGAAGCUGCGGCUCGUCCUUUAUGACAUUGCAAGCGCUCAGAAGACGUCCAUCUUGAACUACUGUUCAUACGUGCAGUGGGUGCCCGGCAGCGACGUGGUGGUGGCACAAAACCGCAACAACCUGUGCGUCUGGUACAACAUCGAUUCCCCCGAAAGGGUCACCAUGUUUCCGCUGAAGGGGGACAUUGUGGACCUCGAGAGGAGUAACGGGAGGACGGACGUGAUCGUUGCCGAGGGGGUGAACACCAUCUCCUACACGCUGGACGAGGGGCUCAUAGAGUUCGGGACCGCCAUAGACGACGGAGAUUAUUACAGGGCAACUGCUUUCCUGGAGACCCUGGAGAUGUCCCCGGAGACCGAAGCCAUGUGGAGGAGCCUCAGCAGAAUGGCGCUGGAGGGCGGACGUCUCCGCGUGGCAGAGAGGUGUUUCUCAGCCCUCGGAGACGUGGCAAAGGCCAAAUUCCUACGUGAGACGAAUGAGCUGGCCGACCGGGCCGCCCUGGACCAUGGCGGGGAGGGCACAGAUCACUACACGGUGCGCGCUCGCCUGGCUAUGCUGGAGAAGAACUACAAGCUCGCUGAGAUGAUCUACCUGGAGCAGAACGCUGUUGUGGAAGCCAUGCAGAUGUACCAGGAGCUGCACAUGUGGGAAGAAUGCAUCGCCGUGGCCAAGGCCAAGGGUCACCCAGAGCUGGAAAACCUGACACGUGGCUACCUGCAGUACCUGGCCGACAGCGGGCAGGAGGAGCGAGCGGGAGAAGUGCGCGAGUCGGAGGGAGACUACAUCUCAGCCGUCAACCUGUACCUCCGAGCCGGACUCCCGGCCAAGGCUGCCAGAUUGUGCCUGAAUCAGGACGGGUUGAUGGCCGACUCUGACCUGGUCGCGAGGGUCACCGCUGCUCUCGUGAAGGGAGAAUUCUAUGAAAGGGCUGGAGAUUUGCUCGAAAGGGUUAACAAUGGCCGCCGUGCGCUGGAGUGUUACUGCCGGGGGAAAGCGUUCAGGAAAGCCAUCGAGCUGGCGCGCGCCGCCUUCCCCUCCGAGGUGGUGAAGUUGGAGGAGUUGUGGGGAGAUCACCUGGUGGAGCAGAAACAGCAGGACGCGGCCAUCAACCACUACAUCGAGGCGGGGUGCACGACCAAGGCCAUCGAAGCUGCUCUGGGCGCUCGGCAGUGGAAGAAAGCCGUCCACAUCCUGGAGCUUCAGGAGCCAAAGGAGGCCGGAGGCUACUACCUGAGAAUAGCCCAGCACUACUCGGCCCUGCAGGAGUACGAGGUGGCCGAACGCCUCUAUGUCAAAGCUGGCAGACCCAAGGACGCCAUAGACAUGUACACGCAAGCCGGACACUGGGAGCCAGCUCACGCGCUGGCGGUAAAGUGCAUGGAGCCCGAUGAGGUCUCCGUCCUGUACGUCUCACAGGCCAAGGAACUGGAGAAGCAGGGCAGAUUUAAAGAGGCUGAGAGACUCUGGAUCACGGUGGAUGAACCGGACCUUGCGAUAGCGAUGUACAAGAAGCAUAAGAUGUACGAGGACAUGAUUCGACUGGUAGCCAGAUAUCACCCGGAUCUGCUGCUCGAUACCCACCUGCAUCUGGGCAAAGAGCUGGAGGCUGAAGGGCGACUCCGCGAGGCCGAGUAUCACUACCUGAAAGGGAAGGACUGGAAGGCGGCCGUGAACAUGUACCGGGUGGCAGACAUGUGGGAGGAAGCUCACAGGGUGGCUAAAGCUCACGGGGGAGCCGGUGCUCAUAAGCACGUGUCCUAUUUGUGGGCAAAGAGCCUGGGGGGUGAGGCGGCCGUGAAGCUCCUCACGCGGUUUGGGCUCUUGGAGACCGCCAUAGAUUACGCGACUGAGAACUGCACCUUUGACUUCGCCUUUGAGUUGUCCCGUCUGGCCAUGAAGGAGAAGCUGCCUGAGAUUCACCUGAAAUAUGCCAUGUUCUUAGAGGAUGAGGGGAAGUUCGCAGAAGCCGAGUCGGAGUUUGUUAAAGCGGAAAAGCCCAAGGAAGCCGUUCUCAUGUACGUCCACAACCAGGACUGGUCUUCUGCCCAGAGGGUGGCCGAGCUGUAUGACACGGACAGCGUUGGCGACGUUCUCGAUGGCCAGGCGCGUUCCGCUUUCGAGCAGAAGGAUUAUCAGAAGGCCGAGGCGUUGUUUCUCCGAGCGCAGCGGCCGGAGCGUGCCGUCCAGUACUACAAGGAGUCCGGCAUGUGGAGCGACGCCAUCCGGAUCUGCAAGGAGUACCUCCCGGCCCGGCUGGAGCAGCUGCAGCAGGAGUACGAGCUGGACGUGGCCAAGAAGGGGGCCAGGGGUACGGAGGCCCUGGUGGCGCAGGCUCGCGAGUGGGAGCAGGCCGGAGAGUACAGCCGAGCCGUGGACUGCUACCUCAAAGUGAAGGACGCCACCAACGUGGCUCUGAUGGAGAAGUGCUGGAUGAAGGCAGCUGAACUCUCCAUUAAGUUUUUGCCCCCGGGCAGAAGUCUGGAGGUGGUUGGGAUUUUGGGCCCCUUGCUGGUGUCUGCUGGAAGGCACAGCACGGCCGCGGAGCUCUUCCUCAGCGUGGAUCUUAUUAAGGAGGCCAUCGAUGCCUUCAUAGACGGGGAGGAGUGGAAUAAAGCCAAGAGGGUGGCCAAGGAGCUCGCCCCCAGGUACGAGGAGUACGUGGACGAGCAAUACAAGAAAUAUCUGAAGACUCAGGGCAAGGUGGACUCGCUGGUAGGUGUUGAUGUCAUGGCGGCUUUGGAUAUGUAUGCUGAGCGUGGACAGUGGGAGAAGUGCCUGGAGACGGCAUCCAAGCAGAAUUACAAGGUUCUUCACAAGUACGUGGCUCUGUGUGCCACGCGCCUAAUAAAAGAGGGCAACUGGGGCAAAGCUCUGAGCCUGUAUGUGCAGCACGGGGCCCCGGCCAACGCUCAGAAUUUUAACAUCUAUAAACACAUUUUUGUGGCGAUGGUGAACGCGGAGAACAUGAACCACGCAGAAGUUUACCACUCGUGGGCAGACCUCCGGGACAUGCUGUACAACCUGUGUGAAAACGUGGUGAAAUCCAGCGAAGUGAAUUCUCGCGCCCAUCAGGAGUUUGAGCAGAUGCUGCUGAUCGCUCAUUACUACGCCACGCGCUCCGCGGCUCUGGGGGUCCCGCAGCUGGAGGUUCUGGCUGCCAAACUCUGCGUCUCUCUGCUGCGCCACGUGGACCUCAUCCCCGCGGACAAGGCCUUCUACGAGGCUGGAAUGGCUGCCAAGGUGAUGGGCUGGGAGAACUCGGCCUUCAUAUUUCUCAACAGAUUCCUGGACCUUGUUGAUGCCGUGGAGGAAGGCAGUCUCGAUGCUCUCGAUCACUCUGACUUCCAGGACACCGACAUCCCGUUUGAGGUUCCUUUACCAGCAAAACAGCACGUUCCGGCUGAGAAGCGGGAGGAGGUCCGGGAAUGGGUCCUGGCCGUGUCGAUGGACCAGCGCGUGGAUCAGGUCCUCCCCAAAGACGAGCGCGGCUCGUACGAAGCUUCGUUACUAGCCGUCAGCACCGGCGUCCGCUCGCUGCCCUGCAUGAUCACAGGAUACCCCGUCCUCAGAAACAAGAUCGAGUUCAAGCUGCCGGGGAAGGCGGCAAACAAGGAGGACUGGAACAAGUUCCUGAUGGCCGUCAAGACCAAUCACAGCUCUGAGUGCCAGGACGUCCUGAAGUUCAUCAGCCGGUGGUGCGGAGGUCUCCCGAACACCAGCUUCUCCUUCCAGUGAGGGAAUCCCGGCUGCGGGACGAGCGCCAUUCUAUGUUUUUCUAAUAAAAUGAUUGUAAAACCCAAA